CAUGACGAAUUAAGAGAUCGAGUGACGCAGUGAUGGCGGAUAGUGGCCGAUUUUAUAGUGAUAACAUUGUGCUCAUGCACGUGAAGUUAUUUAAGUGUCUGCCCUAAUUGCCUGAAAUCCAGGUCUGUCAAAAGAAUUGAGAUAAGGAGGCAGUCAGCAGAAGCUUGGAUACAAGAACACGACGAUCGGUUUGGUGGAACCUCAUUUUCAAUGAAAAGGCGGAAGGGUCGGGGUCCUUUUCGGGCCAAGAUGUUCAGUGAACCUAACUACAAAGGCAGGAACAAAGGAGGGUUCCCUCCCACUUACCGCAACCGUCAGGAAGAGGACGAUGGAGACAUUGCUAUGAAUGAUACUCAUGAAUCAUUUCGCCCACGAUUCAAUCCAUAUGAUCGUGGUGGUAAAAGACGAGACGAUAGACUGGGGAAACACAGGGCACCUCUCCAUGGUGGUCCUCCCAGGGAUCUUGCUCAACAUCAAGAUAGAGGCCCAGCCGGUGACGACAGAAAGGCCUGGUUCAAAAUAUCAAUUCCUUAUGGGAAGAAAUAUGAGAAGACCUGGCUUCUUACCCUGCUACAGAAUGCCUGCAAGGUGCCCUUCACUGCUGUUGGGUAUCAUAUAGAACACAACCAGGCUCACUUUUAUGUAGAAGGCUCAGAGACUGCCAGAGCCCUUAGGAAAAUCUCCAGAUCUUUGACUGACAGAGAGAAUUUCAAGAUCGCAAUAUUAACACGUGCUACUGCUGCUCCCCCUCAAAUGGAGUCCAAAGACAUGAAGCCUGAGGAAGUAGAGCAUUUUAAGAGAUGCAUGGAGAAGAGAUACGAUGGAGCACAUCAGGCUCUGGAUAUGAAGUCUUUGCGUAGUGACCCAGAUCUGAUUGCUAACAAGAUAGACUUCAUCCUCGGCAGAAAGUCGUACAUGCAAGCUAUGCUAAAAAUCAUCAAGGACAAUGUGCCCGAGUUGCUGUCUUUAGAUGUCAGUAACAACAAACUCUACAGAUUGGAUGAUAUGGAAGAACUUCCACUCAAAGCUCCGAACCUGAAGAUCUUAAAUCUCUCUCAGAACAUGCUGAGGUCUGACAGAGAACUGGAUAAAGUGAAAGGUCUGAAAUUGGAGGAGUUAUGGCUAGACGGGAACCCUCUUUGUGAUACUUUCCGAGACCAGACCAGCUACAUCAGUGCCGUGCGAGAACGAUUCCCUAAACUACUUCGGCUGGAUGGCCAUGAACUUCCUCCUCCAAUCACAUUUGAUAUUGAAACACCGACUACACUUCCACCAAGCAAGGGCAGCUAUCUGGUUUCAGAGGAGAUUAAAGUGUUAAUUCUACGGUUUUUACAGCAAUACUAUGCAUGUUACGAUUCCCAGGACAGGCAAGGGUUGCUGAACGUUUACCACGAGGAAGCUCGCUGCUCACUCAGCAUUCCCGCUAACGUGGCACAGGGCCCCAACAGGGGCAGUUUGGGAGAGUACACAAAGGACAGCCGAAAUCUUAAGAAAGUGCGAGACCAAACGCUCAGAUUCAAACUACUUAAACACAAAUGUCUGAAUGUUGUUGGUUUCCUAAAUGAGCUUCCAAAGACGCAACAUGACCUGAACUCGUUUGUGGUGGAUGUCACGGCUCAGACGAUUACUCUACUAAGCUUUGUGGUUAAUGGGAUUUUUAAAGAAGUUGAAGACCAAUCUGUUUCCGUUGUGCGUGGUUUUUCCCGGAUUUUUGUAGCUGUUCCUGGAAGUGACGGAGGGCUUCUUCUAGUGAAUGAUCAGCUGUUCAUUAGGACUGCCUCAACAGAAGAGAUCCGUAAAGCUUUCGUCACACCAGCUCCUACACCCUCCAGUAGCCCUGUGCCUGUUAUAGCACCUGUUCCCCAGGAUAUGGUGCAGGCAUUUUCUUCAUUCUCUGGCAUGAACUUAGAGUGGUCUCAGAAAUGUCUUCUGGAUAAUGCUUGGGAUUUCGAACAGGCAGCUCAGAUUUUCUUGAAGCUAAAGAGUGAAGGAAAGAUCCCAGAAAUUGCCUUCAUGAAGUGAAUGCCACCUCUGUACUUUUUUUAUUCUGCCUUUCCCUUUGGACAGAAGAGGAGGCAUUUGAAACCUGCUCCCUUUUAAUGGACAAUCUAAGAUAUAUAUAUAUUUGUGCUCAUCUACCUCAGAGAUGCAAAUAAUGUAGAGUCUCUCUGAAGAUCUUUUCACUAUUUGUACUCUUUGUGGAUGGGUUUGCUCUGUUUUUUUGUUUUGUUUUUUUUUUCGUGUUUUUUUUUUUGUUUGUUUUUUUUUUAAACCAUAACACACAUGUCAGCAGAACUCUAGUCAAGUUAUCCAUGUAAAAGUUCUGUGAAUUAAUAGUGCUGUUGAAUAUAGAGAGGAUCGUUGGUGAUUUGCUAGAGGUGUUUGUGAUGGGGGUAAUGAAAUAAAUGCCCAUCUGCUCUGACAAAGCAGAAUGUUUAGUAUCUGUAAAACUAAAGAUUUGCCAAUGCGCAAAAAAAAAAAUCUCAGAUAAUAGGAAAUUGUUGUGUUUUAUAUAAACCUGCAGGUUGCACAAAUGUGUUUUCCCUCCAUUACGUACACCCUAGCAAAGCUUGGCUUACCCAGGUUAUCUAAUAAUCCAACUGAGAAAAGCUUCAGGGUUAUGUGUAUAUUGUGUUCUAGUAAUCCAUUUUGCUGCCAGUGUUGGUUCAUAACAAAAGCGUGAUUGCACAAGUCUGAGUUCAGACAUAUUAGGAAAUGUUCUCAAUUUCUACAUUUGCAACAGAUCCAUUUAUUAAAGUACUUCUCUCCUGCAGUGAAAUCUUGAGUAGCAACAUCAAGCUGGGUUUAUUAAGGAAAAACAAAGCUUUAUUUAAAAAAUAAAAAUAAAAAAAAAAAUACUCUGCAUUACAAAUCGCAGCAGUCGGGGUGCUCAGACAAAAUUAUGUAAACCCAAAACAUAACUGGCUCUCACUCAAACACUUCUUUAAAAUAACAAACAAAAACCUUAUUGCAGCUUUGAAAACCACAGCAGAAUGUUAUAGCAAGUGACCCCUUCAUCAAAUGCUCAUUUUGGACCAGUUAUAUUUUGGCUUUAUGUGUAAAUUUACAUAAGCUUUAUGUUUUUAUGUAUAUAUGUAUAUAAUUUUUUUUUAUGUGUGUGUGUGUGUAAUAAAAACAAAUACAAAAAAAUAUACACACACACUCUAUCCUUAAUAAAUUAGUUUUGCAUUGGACAAUUUCACACAUGCUUAUCUUGGGGGAAAUAAAGUGUCAAAUUGCCUUUAAAUGUAGCCCAUCUUAUAUGGAGCUGUUAUCUUGGGAACUUUCUAUUUAAGCGCUUCUGGUCUGCCUGCUUCAUCUUUAGCUGCUUCGCUGUAGAUUUACUUUUUCUGUUGUGAUUAUAUUUUAAUACUUGAGCUAGUUUUAAUGUAAUGUAGAAACAACUUUUUUUAUGUAAUGUUUUUAAUUUAACUGUUUUUUUGUUUUUUUUUCUCUGUGUGAUUUAAAUAUUUUGUCUAUCACCAUUCUGAAUCUGAAUUUGUGUGAUGGAUGCAAAAGGAAAGCUUUUUUUUUUUUUUUUUUUGCUAUUGAGGGAAAAGGUGACAUCAGAACUGAUUAAACACUGCUGUGAUUGUGACGUGAACAGGUUUGGGAGGGGAAUAUUGUGCACAUACAACUUGUUUUCCACCCUUUCCCCUGUUAUUUAGCGUACACUGUCGUUGCGCUAGAAUUGGGUUGUGUUCCAUGACAGAUGUGUAUGGGGUUGGGUUGUUGGUGAAUGUAUGUGUGCGUUUAAUGUUUAUGAUUGUGUCAGUGAAAUUUCUUAUUCUCAGUGUGUGUGGCUGGUAAGAGAAUUUUUCAGAUGUGGUUUUCACUAUUUGGAUAGGCACGGGUUUGGGUGAGGUUGGGUUUGAGCUUAUGGUAUGAGUGUGUCUAGAAUAGUGAGAGGGGUGGUUACAAUCCUUCUGCCAUGCAUGGUUGAACUGUUCAUAAUAACUUUGAGCUUGUGGGUAUUGAAGAAAAAUAGUGAGGUUCAGAGAACUGGGUUUAAUGAUACUUUAUUCCAGGGAACUUAAGCGUGGUGGGAUGGUUGUUUGAGGAUGGGCAUUGGAAAACGUGGGUAUCAACAGCCAUAGAAUGUGUUUUUGUUUUUUUCUUUGAGUGGAUUGGCCAGAUUGUGUGUGAUGUGGAUAUUGAGUGUUUAGAUGCCUGGGGAGAUUGGCCAUCAGAUCUGAGGGGGGUUGUGUAUGUUGAAUGGUUGGGUGCCUGGGGGAUAUUGGCCAUCAGACCUGAGGGGGGUUGUUCAUGUUGAAUGGUUGGGUGCCUGGGGGAUAUUGGCCAUCAGACCUGAGGGGGGUUGUGUAUGUUGAAUGGUUGAAUGCCUGGGGGAUAUUGGCCAUCAGACCUGAGGGCGGUUGUGUAUGUUGAAUGGUUGGGUUCCUGGGGAUAUUGGCCAUCAGACCUGAGGGGGGUUGUUCAUGUUGAAUGGUUGGGUGCCUGGGGGAUAUUGGCCAUCAGACCUGAGGGGGGUUGUGUAUGUUGAAUGGUUGGAUGCCUGGGGGAUAUUGGCCAUCAGACCUGAGUGCGGUUGUGUAUGUUGAAUGGUUGGGUUCAUGGGGAUAAUGGCCAUCUGACCUUGAGGGGGGUGGUUUGUGUAUGUUGAGUGGUUAGAUGUCUGGGAAGAUUGGCCAUCAGACCUGUAGGGGGGUUUGUAUAUGUUGAGUGGUUAGGUGCCUGGGGAUUUUGGACAUCUGUACUGGGGGGGGGGGGGUUGUGUAUGUCGAGUGGUUAGAUGUCUGGGGAGAAGUUUGACUUCUGGAGCGGGCUACUGGGUAGAAUGGGAAUAAUAAUUUAGGUGGAUAACUUUUUAAUUAAAGAGUUUAUCUAAUCUCCUCUAGCCUGGUUUGCUAGACAUAGAUGGGGGUGUGCGAGUGCAUGUGUAUUAAGGGUGAAGAAUUUGGAUUUAGUUCCUUUUGUUAAAGAGAUGCUGUAGAGAAUGCUGCACAUGUUACUGGGUUGUGCAGUUAUAUUGUUAUGAAGUCUCAGCACCCUGUCCUCAUUCCAUACCUUUCGUGUGGGCAAUGUAACAUGUUUGUCUCAGUGUGCCGAGACACCUCAUCCUGCAUUUUCAGCUGUCAUUGAACCUUCUGGCAGCAAAAAGGCUUUCCCUAAAUUUAACAAUUGCUUUAGGGCAGACUAUUUAUUUGUAUCACUUUGUCAUGUUAUUUUUCUCACUUGUAUAAUAUACACCAUGUACAAACAAUACUACAGUUUCCUACAUAACUAAGAUGUGUAAUCCUAUUUUUUUUCUUCUUAAUGUAUAUUGAAAGUCCAUUUUUAUUCUCUCUCAUGUUCAAUUAUUUUUGAUAUGUUACUUCAAUUCAAAAAACUAGCCCCCCUGUGAAUUAUUUAAUAAAUGUUUUUUGUUAAGAAAAUGUA